AUGAAGCAAAACUGCGAAGAAAUAGCAAAAUUCUCCAAAAGGGAUGCAGAAAUGUUCCCGAAGUAUGAGGAAUUUAUAGAACGAUUGGUGAAACCAUUGGGUCCUCUAAUGGACGAAGUGCCUUUAAGUUUAAAUCAAUCGUCUAAGUUUCAAUUUCUCUGGAAUUCAUGGAAGAUGUUGAAAAGAGCCCCGAUUAUACAAAAUGUUGUAGUGCGACAAAUAGGAGCAUCUAAUAUGGUAGAUUUUUAUGAGCUGAUGACAGCUCCAAUAGCAAAGGUCAUGGAUAGAUGGUUUGAAAGCGACGUUUUAAAGGCGACGCUCGGCACUGAUGGAGUGAUCGGAUUUGCAGCCAGUCCUUACGAUGUCGGAACGGGGUAA